UGGUGGCGGCUUGUGGGCGGGCGGGGUUGCCGGCCCUUUGUUCUCAGGCUGCGGGGAAUCCGUCCCGGGCGGUCGCUGGCUGUGGCUGUGGGGGCUUGGCCGGAGGGAGCCAGCGCCUGUUCCCGAGCAGCGUCGUCGGAACACGGACAGGAGGCGCUGGGCAGCGGCUUCGGGGCCCGAGGCCGAGCGGGCUCUGAUGAAGCCGGCUGCUGUGGCCGCUCUGAGGUUUCCACAGCAACCUCUUCCGACUUUUGUGGUGUUUAUUCUCUUUAGUCUCCUAGCGUUACCGCUAUGUUGAUCUAUAGUUUUGCAGUCUAUGAAGAAGAAUGUUUCACACUGAUUUCACGUGCAAAGAAUUUCAUGGUAGCUUGUGUUGCCUGCGGGGCAGAGGCUGCAAAGUCUGUUGUACUUGAUAAGUUGAUGGUGUGAGAUGAAGCAAUUGGAUCUUUGGGGAAGGAGCCUUGGAAGAAGUGCUUGGUUUAGUUAUGUGUUGCCUGCACUGUACCUGUGGCUUUUUUUUUUUUUUUGGAAGAAGUCCUUUUCAGUUACAAGGCAGAGUUCAGUGCAGAUAACGUUUGAAGAGGGUUCUCAGCUACCACCAGCCGCAAAUAUAAGUCAUGUGACAUGCAAGGGACAGUCGGACUGCAGCAUGGUGCUGUGUUGCCAUCUGUCAGCUGAAGCUGUGAAAUUCCCUGUGUCUGUUACUCAGCAGUCCCCAGUUGCUGUUUCUGUGGACACCUAUCAUGUCACUUUGGCUGUGCUGCAGGCUCAGGUGGAGAUCCACUUGGAGGAGAUUCAGAAUGAAGGUCUCCUGGUGUCGUGGACAUUCAAGGACAGACCGGACAUGAACCUUUCCGUUCUUCCGAGACUUCAACUUUGUGAGAAUGAAGGGAGAGCAGACCUGUCCACCAUAAAGGAUCUGAUUGAAGAUACCAUUAUCAGCACACAGCCAGCCAUGACAGUGAAUCUGAAGGCCUGCGCUGCUGGAGCUGGUGCGGUUACCAGCGAUAAGUUGACUCGAGAGUCACUGUCCAGAGUAGCCCCUCUGGGUUCUAAGCUGUUGCUCCGGAAUCUUCGAGUGCUGAACUUGGGCUGCCAGGGGAAAGGAGGACUUGAGGAGAUAUGCUGUGUGGCAGAACUAGACAGCCCCCUGCAGCAGAAGUGGACGAGGCCGGUGACAGCGAGCAGUGCCAGCGCUUUGGCAGAAAUGGAGUGGAAUGAGGAGCUCUUUCUGGAGCUGGGACACAGAAGUAGAGAGCUGAAGCUACAGGUGCUGGGGAGCAGCGACAGAGGGGGAAGUGUGCUGCUGGCACAUACCACGCUUUUGCUUGAUUCUUUGGGCAAACAACCUUCCGGGAGACAGGUCUGCUCACUGGCCCCAGCAGCCGGGUGGUCACUGGCGGCUGAAGCUACCAUUAUGUUGGAGCUGCUAUUCCAGGAGUCUCCUGUAUCUUUGAACGCGCAGCAUGCUCCAUCUCUGCGAACCAGCAUCACCCCCACUAAGAAGGUGGAGAUGGACCGGACCAUCAUGCCUGAUGGCACCAUCGUGACCACUGUCACCACGAUUCAGUCCCGGCCCAAGGCAGACUGCAAAAUGGAUUCACCAUCGAGGUCGCCUUCCAAGGUGGAAGUGACUGAAAAGAAGACAACGGUGCUUUUGGAAAGCAGCUGCCCUUGCAGCCCCUUGCCCAGCAGCAGCCGGGAUAGCUAUAUGCCCAAUGGCUUGGAUCCAGUGGCUGAGACGGCGAUCAGGCAGCUGACUGAGACAAAUAACAAGCCUGCCAAGAAGACCCCAACGAAACGUAGCACGCUGAUCAUCUCGGGAGUUUCCAAGGUACCUAUCGCUCAAGAUGAAAUGGCACUUUCUCUGGGUUAUGCUGCAUCCCUGGAGGCCACAGCAUACAGGGAUUCUGUGGCAGAGGGCACAGGCGUGUGGAUGCACGAUUCUACUGAAUCAUCACAGCUGCUGGAAUCGUCGCCGUCUAGACAGAGAGCCGGUCAGGAGCUGGAUGAGACAACACGGUCGGACAUCUCCGAGAGGCCAUCGGUGGAAGAUGUUGAGUCUGAAACUGGUUCCACAGGAGCACUUGAGACCAGGAGCUUGAAAGAUCACAAAGUUAGCUUUCUUCGGAGUGGAACCAAGCUCAUCUUCCGGAGGAAGAGUAAGCAGAAGGAGGCAGGCCUAAGCCAGUCGCAUGAUGACUUGUCCAGCAUUGCCACCGACUCCACUGCCGGGAAGAAAGCCGGCAGCUUCUCCCAUCGCCUCAUCAAGCGCUUCUCCUUUAAGUCUAAAUCCAAACCCAAAGUUAGUGACAGCGUGACGGCAGGUGAGAACUGAAGGACGGAGAAGCUGUAAAGAUUGCACAGAGAUCCUUUUCUAGUCUCUUGUCUUCCCGCUCUAUGGUAUCUGUGACCUGUGGUCCGGUUCCUUUCAGCCUUGGCAAGGGAAGACGCCCCUGGUGCUUUAUGCCAUUUGGGGAACAGAGGUGGUGAAACCGGGGCUUAGGCUGCUCAUCUGCCUCUCCUUAGCCCUUUCUGACUGUCAUAUCCCACUGUACUCUCCCAGAAAAUCCAGGUUGUGUGCUAAUCCUGGUGGAAAUCCCAGGAGCUGUGGAAGUGACUCUGCACUUGUAGCCGUCUGGUGUUGCUGGGUGCAUCCUGGAAGGAAGGGGGCAGUGGGGAGGCUCUCGAGUGGCAGUGCUCAGAGUUAAAGACGGAGAAACUGCUGGGUUAGCUACGUUGCUGAGAAGCGUGGGAUGUAGCCUUGCUCAGUUCUGGUGGGAGAGAAUGAUGUGGUCGCUGGCCAUCUAAAUGCUCUCGUUGCUUCUGCGUGGUGCAGAGCCUGUAAUCUGACUGAGGCAUGGUGCGGUGUGUUCCCAGUCUGCGAGUUGUCAGGGGAACGAGCUGCGGUUCUUGGCUCUUGGAACAGCUCUGUAUCCAAAAGUGCUGAGGGAUGCCUGCUUUCUGCACUAUGCAAAUGAAGGAAGGAGCCUCUAAGAAGGAAGUUUAACCACCAGGCGAGUUUUUGUAGAAACCUGGGCCCUUGCAAGAAUGUCUGGUUGGUGCUGUCAGCACUGCCACCCUAUGACGCAGCCUUCCUUUCUCAUCCGCGUCGUCAGAUGGGAAAUAGGCUGUGAUGCACACGUGCACUGACCGUUGUAUGAGCAGAACCCUUUCCCUCAGGGAGGUUGGGGGUGUUGCUGGGCAGGGCUGCCUUCCGGACUUGUGGGGUGCCUGCCUCUUGUGCUCUUGUGGUUCUUGCCAAUGACCGAUACCACACUGGGGAUGGGGGUUAGGAAUGUGGUGACCCUAGUGAAAGGGCAGUGUGAAGUCUAAAGCCAUGUGGCAGAAAGAGGCAAGAGUUUAUAUGUUUUCACUUAUGAAAAGGUUUCUUGUAGUAGAAAGAGCCUUUCUUGACUGCAUCUGGUAUUUCCUUUUUUUGAGCAAACCCAGUCCACUGCAUUCAAACAGCAGGUGUUUCUGUAGUGGGUAUUUGCGGAGGAAGAAGCACACGGGAGAAAAUGAACUCCUUGUGCAGAAGGAAGCUGACCUUCUAGACAAAUGGUUUCCUGCUCUGCUGACAUGCGCCCUUUGUGAAUAUCCCGAAUCCUUGUUCAGCUAGAGUAAUGACGCUCUCAGAGAAACCCUUGUGUCCUGACAGCGUGCCUGGUUGGAAUGACAGCUCCUGCUCUCUUGUGAGUUGUAGAGUUAAGGAGGUAGGGCAAAGAGGAGGAAAACCUCCCUGAAAAGCAGUUGUCUAGGCCUGACUGGGUUCACUAGUUCUGUUUUCCUGUUACAGUACCUCCCAGGUGGGAGCUGUCACCCUGUCUUGCGCAGGAUGUGACCAACUGAAAAAGCAGUUGUUCUCCUGACAGGGUACAUAAACCAACAUCCCAUUCUUUGGAAGGACACAUUCUGGUUUACCCAUAUGGCCAUUUCCAGAGACUGGAAUGCAUUCAGUAUGCUGCUGAGAAAGGAUUGACAGUCGUGUAUUUUGGAGCAUCUCUUGAAAGUGUCUGAAGGUUGGGGGUGGGGGGCAGAGUCACCUGCUGGGGCUUGCAUUGAAACUGCUGGUGCUUGCCAGUGGGAGGGUUUCUUCUUUCCUGCCAACUCCCUAUGAGGUUGAGCACAUGUGAGAAAUCGGACCAGCCCAGCUGGCUGACCAGGAACCUCUUCUCCAUCUGUUUGUUUUGGUCCAAGAGUCUUUCUGUUCAUCCCCGUGCUCUUCCAUGUGUUUUGUCCUUUGUUUCUUCCCUCAUCCAUAUGGUACCAUGGCUUUGUUUUCAGCUCCAUGUGCUGCUGAUGUCAAUGCUCACCAUUUCUUGCUGAAUGUGGAUUUCCUUGAUGCGAGCUUGUGGUUCCUGCUGUGGUGCUGGUGGAAGGUGGCAAUAUGCAGCUCUCCUCUAGCCAUCUGGCAGCCAGUUUGAUGUAGCCUUCCUCUGCCAGAUCGGUGUGGCAUUGCACAUGGCACUGUCCUUUGCAGGCACACCCCUGUUCCCAGCACCUUGGGGUUUGGUUCCUUUCUGGGCAUUCCUUCUCUCUUGCACUGUCCCUGCUACCCAUCUGUCUCUGUCGCUCACGAUACUCAGCACUCUGGUUUGGGUUUUCAUGUUUCUUUUUUUAAUGCAUGUCAAAGUAUUGCUUUGAAUGAAAAGUGCUGGCUGAGCCCAAACAGCACCACUUCUCUAGUGAUGUGGCUGUGAGCCUCGCAUUAGAAGUGCUGGCUUGAAUAGAAGGGAACUUCCAGACAAGCCAGCAGCUCUUCAGUUGCGGUUUAUCGCAGGACUUUCUGUGGGUCUCAUUUAAUAGUCCUGUGUUCUUUUCUUUAAACAGCAAGAGCAGCUCAAGCUGUCUUGGUGUGGAGCAGCCAGAGGUGAAUGCUCAAGGCUCCCUGCUGUGCUUCCAAAGCAUGAGCCUGUGGCUUGCGUACUCAAGGAGAUCUACAAGGCCUGGUGAGCCUUGUCCUUGUUGCUGUAGAUCAGAGGUAGGAAAGGCAAUUGAGGUUCUUGUCUGGCAAACGCAUACCUAGAUUUCAGCUGGAAUGUUUUGUUCUCCCUUGGGGGAAAGAGACGAUAGGAAAGCUAGGAGUGAAACCGAUAGAGUUCUUCACUGGCCUUAGGGACCAAGGAUGCCUUUCUAGCCAUGUUAAAGAGGCAAUUACUACCAUGCAUCCUUGGGCUUUCCUGAAUUUGUUUCCGGUUUGUCUGCUGCAGGCAAUGCCUGCUCAUGUAUCAUGGUAGAGGUACUGGUUUUGAUUUUGAGCAUUGCCUUGGCAGAACACUCAUCUGGGAAUCUUCCUUUGCUGCGGUCUGUGGAACGAAUGGUGCACAGGACAUGUAAAAGUCGGUGCAUAUCUUCCCUUGAAUUUUUUGGUGGUGCUUUUUAUCAUGACCUGUAAAUUGCUGUGAAAGUUUCUAUUGGGUUAGAUAGUUGCGAAGGAAAGGGAUAUUGUCAAGUGCUGACAGUGCACGUCCCCAGCCGUUAAUUCCCACACCUGCUUGUGUUUCCUAGCAGAGAUAUACUUUCUGCCAUUUUGUGGCUUCUCAAAGUUGAACAGUGCAGGACUAAUACUGUAACCUUUUAUCUUCUUCUAAAUGUUAUUGGGAAGCGUGGAAUAUUUUUGAGGGUGUUUGGGUAAACUGCUGUUUUCACGGACAGAGGGGUAGGGGGAGUGGCUCAGCCACAUACACUGGGAGCUUUUCAGUUCAGGUAUGCUCCUGAGUAACGUGUUGAUCCUUUCUCUUUGUGUCUGUGCAUGGCUUCCUUUCUCACACACGCAGUCGUGUUUGUCCCUCGAGUUGUAGGCAGCUGGUUUUGCUAAUCCUGGUUAUGCAAGCACAAGUGAGUCUCUUGGCUUUCUAAAGCCAAGAACAGUAAUGAAUCUGCCUCACGAGGGAGGUAUGAUUAUCAGUGUGAGAAACCAUUCUUCUAUCCUAAUCUUCUUGGAAGGAAAGGGAAGGUCAUGUAAUUCUUUGGCCUCCAGAAAAAGUUAAGACACGGUCCCAGGGAGUUUUUCCCCAUAGUGCUCCUGGCUUUUUAUUCUCUGCUUGGGUUUAGGACAAGAAGAAAUGCUAUUUGAAAUCUGCUUUUCCCUGCUUAACUUCUUCCGGAUACCCGUGUCUUUGCCUCGGUGCCCUUGCAUUUCAUAAUGCCCUGUGACCACGAAGCAACCCUAGUGUGUGGUGCAGGCCGCAAUCAAACUUUUUAGAACCAUCAGUAGUUGCCAGGUUGCUGUCUCAGGGUAGGCUUUAUAUCUGCACCUUGUGAAAUUGGUCCUCAACCAAAUAUGUGGGGGAAGAAUUGCUGACAGAGUGGCAGGCAUGAAUGUGGGGAGGCUUCUGAAGGAGUUCAACAUGCUUAUAGGGGCCUGCGUUCAAAAUACUGCGUUGUGCUGCUGGCUGUAAGUAUGCUUGUAAGUUUAUUUUGCUCCAGAUACAUCCUCUCGCCAUGUUUUGGUAAGGCUUGUUAAGAGCUUCCCCAUGGGGAAAAAAAACCUUGAUAUCAGCUUGAGAGGGGUAUCCUCUUUGAGGCGGGAGAAGAUAGGCAUGGGAAGAAAAAGAGGGAACUGCAAAACUCCAGCAAUUUGGGGUGCCAUAGGCUUUAUCCUGACGGGUGCCUGACUGAUGCCUGAUAAUUGAAGAGGGUGCUCGAAGGCGGAGGGAUUGUAUGUGUGCACGUGUUUGCACGCUCUUGUAAUUAGAGUGUGCUCUGCGAGCGCCCAUACCUGCCAUGCUGCGAAAUGAUGGCACUGAUUGGUAAAGUGGCCUUAACUGGCUUUUGUGAUAGCCACAAAAUAUUUCUUACAUGGACACCCUUUGGAGGCAGUCUUGAGCAAACAAGUCCAACUUCUGCCCCUGCAAACACCCUUGUGUGUUUGUGUAGCUGAGGACAGGCUUAUAGGCAGAUUGGCUAAUGUGGGGAGAGCAAUAGGAGUUUACUUGGGUAGAGAGCUAGUCGGAAAACAGUUUUGCGGAUGGGAGGAGCGUAAUGAAAGCUUAUAUAAUAAAGUAUAUGUAAUAGAGCAGAGGUGAGGGCCACAGGCACACUCUGUUUCUAGACUAGAACUGGGCAGGCGGCAAAAUGUAUGUUUACAAAUGUUUUCAUUCCACUUGUUUGUCUCUGUCAUUGCUGCAUCCUUCCUGCGAUGGCUUCUCUCAGUUCAUUGCCUGCUAAAUAGAGAUGUCAUUUUUGGAUAGCUGGCGAGAUGCUUGAAUGUUGGGUCGCUGGUGAUUGCAUGUUCUGGGGUCUUUAGCAUCGUUCAACCCUCCCUCCCCCUGUGUAGGGCACAGUGUGCGUCACGAUAGAGUAACAGUCCCGGUGGUUCAAACUUCUGGAAAAGAUCUUUGUGUACUUGUGGUAUUCCAGCUCCUUCUACAGGCAUGACUGCUUCACGCCACCUUUUCUCGUGCAUACAGGUACUGGACCAAAUACCCACUCUGAGUUUGUAUGUGCUCUUUUGUACUUUGAUGCCUUCUCUCUGGGUGGAUUUAUUUUAAUCCUGAAUCAUUUAGAGGAGAGAAAAAAAAAAAGAAAAAGGAACCAUGUAGCUAUUUAAGAGAUGAAAAUAAAAUUACUUAAUUUGGGCUAAAUGAAUGAAGUUCUUGCACCUUUGUAAAUGUUGAAGAAGAAUUCCAUUGCUGUGUAAUGGCUGAACCUGUUAACUUAUUAAACCACAUGGAAA